AUGGUAUUUAGUUUUGUGUUGUGAUUGUAAUGGAAGGAGUUAAAUGUUUAUGUGGUAAUGUUUUUGGUACGAAAUAAGAACAGUUGAUUGAGAACAUAAAAACAAAAUUUACUUAAGCAAAACUUAUAAAAUUAAGAAAAAUAGUUACAAUGAAGGAACCACAUUCUGAUCUAUGUUCAAACUACAUUAAAAUAUUUACGGUUGUUAGUUGUUACUGGAUUGUUUCAAUUACCACAGUGUUUGUAAAUAAAGCAUUACUGAGCAGCGACACUGUAGCAUUAGAAGCUCCUUUGUUUAUAACAUGGUUUCAAUGCAUUGUAUCUUUUACAAUAUGUUUCACUCUUAGUCAGACCAAUGGUAUUCCUGGAAUUUUUAAAUUUCCUAAAGGUUCACCAUGGAAUAUUGAAAUUGUUAAAAAGGUAAUCCCACUUUCUAUCAUGUUUACUUUAAUGAUAGCAAGUAAUAACUUAUGCUUGAAGUAUGUCGGAGUACCAUUUUACUAUGUCGGGAGAUCACUCACUACUGUAUUUAAUGUUGUGUUCAGUUGGUUACUUUUAAGGCAGACAACCUCGUUGAAAUGCAUGAUGUGCUGUGGAUUUAUUAUCUUUGGAUUUUACCUUGGUGUUGAUCAGGAGAGUUUGUUAGGUUCUUUCUCCUUGCUGGGAACUAUUUAUGGAGUUAUUGGUUCCCUUACAUUAUCACUCUAUUCAAUAUAUACUAAAAAAGUACUACCUAUUGUAAACCAAGAAGUGUGGCUGCUUUCAUUCUACAACAAUGCAUAUUCAAUCAUAUUAUUUUUGCCAUUAAUAGUGAUGAAUGGUGAAUUAAAUGUACUGUGGAAUUACAGGAACUUUGAUAGUACAUUUUUCUGGGUGCAAAUGUUAAUUGGAGGAUUAUGCGGAUUUGCAAUUGGGUUUUUUACUUCCUUACAAAUAAAGGUUACAUCACCGUUAACACAUAAUAUAUCUGGUACAGCCAAAGCAUGUGCCCAAACUGUGUUAGCAACACAAUGGUACAAUGAAAGUAAAAAUGUUCUCUGGUGGACAUCAAAUGUAAUUGUGCUGGCAAGUAGUGCAUUAUAUGCCAGGUUCAAACAAGUAGAAAUGGAAGAAAGAUCAAGGAAACCUCCUCUGGAAGAAGAAAAAAGUCUAGAAGCCUUAUUAACUAGAGUGGAUACAGGGAUAUCGAAAAAUCUCUAACAUGGACUUUUGAAUUUAUCUUUAAGUAACAUUCGAUUUUCUUAUAUUGUAGUCUUUAAACGACCACCAGUGAUGGAACCAAGUAAUUGUUCCCUAUCGUAAGGAAUUUUGGUAUUAGUCUUUUGGAUUAAUUUUUAUCGCUAUAAUUGCGUAAAAAAUUAAUAUUGUUAUAC